CGGAAGCAGAAAAGUAGAGCAGCGACUGUGUUUAUGUCACAGCGCGUUCUGAGCCAGGGCUAGCCGGAGCGGCGCUUAGCACAGCCCGAGUGUGAUGCUGUUUCACGGCUGGGGUGAGCUGGGACGCUGCUGCCGGAGCUGUUGGGGAACCAGCGUGGGUGUUCAUGAGAUUAUCUAAUGGCGGACCAAAGAAUGGACAUCUCCUCCACGAUAAACGACUUCAUGUCCCCGGGCUCCACAGAGCUGAUCAGUAGUUCUGUAGGCACGCCGGGCAUGGACUACACGCGCAAGAGGAAGGGCAGUGCCACCGAGUACCAUGACGGCAUGGACACGGAUAUGGAGAAACAGCUCGGAAGAGAAGACCAGCCGGGCCGGAUAAAAAACGCCAGGGAAGCUCACAGCCAGAUCGAAAAGCGGCGCCGAGACAAGAUGAACAGCUUUAUAGACGAACUGGCCUCGUUAGUGCCUACGUGUAACGCGAUGUCACGCAAACUGGACAAGCUCACGGUCCUGCGCAUGGCUGUACAACACAUGAAGACAUUACGAGGAGCGACAAACCCGUACACCGAGGCCAACUACAAGCCCGCGUUUUUAUCCGACGACGAACUCAAGCAUCUGAUACUGAAAGCGGCCGACGGUUUCCUGUUCGUCGUGGGAUGCGAUCGGGGCAAAAUUCUCUUCGUCUCCGAGUCCGUGUAUAAAAUUCUCAACUACAGCCAGAACGACCUGAUCGGUCAGAGCCUGUUCGACUACCUGCACCCGAAGGACAUCGCCAAAGUGAAGGAGCAGCUCUCGUCCUCCGACACGGCCCCGAGGGAGAGACUCAUCGAUGCCAAAACUGGUUUGCCUGUAAAGACGGACAUCACCCCCGGUCCCUCCAGACUUUGCUCGGGAGCACGUCGCUCCUUCUUCUGCAGGAUGAAGUGCAAUCGGCCGUCUGUCAAAAUGGAGGACAAGGACUUCCCGUCCACCUGCUCUAAGAAGAAAGCAGACAGGAAGAGCUUCUGCACCAUCCACAGCACGGGCUACCUGAAGAGCUGGCCUCCUACCAAGAUGGGUCUGGACGAGGACAACGAGCCCGAUAACGAGGGCUGCAACCUGAGCUGUCUGGUGGCCAUCGGGCGUCUGCAUCCCCACAUCGUCCUCCAGCCGGUCAACGGGGACAUCCGCGUCAAACCCACAGAGUACGUCUCCCGCCACACCAUCGACGGCAAGUUCGUCUUCGUCGACCAGAGAGCGACGGCCAUUCUAGCGUAUUUACCUCAAGAGCUUCUGGGAACGUCCUUCUACGAGUAUUUCCAUCAGGACGACAUCGGACAUCUGGCCGAAUGCCACAGACAAGUUCUGCAGAUGAGAGAAAAGAUCACCACAAACUGUUACAAGUUUAAGAUCAAAGACGGGUCCUUCAUCACCCUGAGGAGCCGCUGGUUCAGCUUCAUGAACCCCUGGACCAAAGAGGUGGAGUACAUCGUCUCCACCAACACCGUGGUCUCAGGGAGCGUGCCAGAGGGGACGGACGCCGGGUAUCCUCAAUCCGCCUCCUCGCCUCAGAGCAUGGACAGCGUGCUGACAUCCGGAGACGGUGGAGGGAAACGUGCUCUCCAGACGGUCCCGGGCAUCCCGGGAGGGACGCGAGCCGGAGCGGGCAAAAUUGGCCGCAUGAUUGCCGAGGAGGUGAUGGAGAUCCAGAGGAUUCGAGGCUCGUCUCCGUCCAGCUGCGGUUCCAGCCCGCUCAACAUCACCAGCACCCCCCCGCCCGACACCUGCUCGCCGGGGGGCAAAAAAAUUCAGAACGGCGGAACCCCGGACCUUCCCUCCAGCGGACUCGGCCCCGGCCCGGACUCCAUAGGAUACCCGUACUCCAACAACUCCAUCAUGAGCGAUAACUCCCACCUGAGCAUCGACAUCAUGGACGAGCCCGGCUCCAGCAGCCCGAGUAACGACGAGGCAGCCAUGGCCGUCAUCAUGAGCCUGCUGGAGGCCGACGCCGGUCUCGGGGGCCCCGUGGACUUCAGUGACCUGCCCUGGCCCCUGUGAGAGACACGGACUCUGUGACCUCCUACCAGGGACAUCACAUUAAAAAAAGAAAAAUGCUUUUGUGUAGUGGAGAACUUGCAUCGCUGCUACUGCUGUAGAUCCUCAACACACACACACACUCUUCAUGUUUCUCUGUACAUAGUGAUUUCAUCCUCAUACAAAGAGACAGCUCUAAAUCUUUUGUGGUUCAUGUUUUUACACUACAGACCGGCAUAAGUGUUAAAUAUUCUGCACACGGACUGACGCUGUAAUUCUCUCUAUCAGAAGUAUAAACGGUAACGUGUAUUGUAACAGCAGUGGAUAUUUUUAAAAUACAAAAUCACUCUCU